AUGUCGAGCCGCUCCGACGAUUCGUUGGAUUCACUUUUUCAUUACGAGCCGAGCCGCGUAGAUGCCAAGGCGAGAGAUGUCGGCUCUCCGGAUGAUGAGCCGUCGGUUUCGACGAGCCGUCCCCAGGAUCCCGUUCCUGAUGAAGACAUUAAUUGCGCCGCACUUAAAGCUGAGGAGGAGGCAUUUCCCUUUGACCUUUUCGAGGCGAAGCUUGAAUUGGAACCUCUCAUUGCGUCCCAAGGCGCUUCCACAUCUGGGCGAGGGCCACGAGUUAAGAGACUAAAACCUGACCCACCUGGCUCUACGCUUUGCUCCCUUGAGUCACUCGAGACGUUGAGGCAUCGCUUCGGGAUAUCCGAGGCGGUGGAGUUCGUCGUUCCAGAGAAGAGCGACCGAGCCGACAAGCCUCCAGAGAAUCACUUCACUCUGUACGAGGCGUUCUUCGAGCUUUACUUUCUCUGGUUCCCGAUACCCAGAGUGAUCCUUGAAUAUCCCUGGAAACAUGGGAUCUCGAUUGGGCAAAUCAUGCCGAGGGGAUUACGGCAUAUGAUUGGCAUCUUAGUUCGAAGCUUCGAAUGCGGACUUGAUAUCGAGCUGAAUCACCUGCUGAACUUGCUGGAAAUCAGGAAAGCUCCGAAAGGAAAUAGAUUCUAUAUUUCCAACAAGGCGAAGCGACGGAUCAUAGGCGGUUUUCCCAGCAAGGAUCAGUUUUGGACUGAACGCUUCUUCUACGUCUUGGUGAACGAGGCGUCGGUCGGCGAGGAUUACGUUCAAAGAACCAAGACCGCUUGGGGACCACUUGUUCGGUGCUUUCUUCCCCCGAUUCCCGACGACAUCUUUGUUGUUCGAGACUCUCUUUCGGCUCGGAAGGUCAAUUGGAGGAAGAAUUUCACCCUCGAGAAAGUAGAGAAAGCCCGAGCUAUCCUUUCCGGAGUCCCUGUCAGUUCUUCAUCUUCCAGCUCCUCAAGAGAUACACGAGAGAAAAUGGUGAUAAUCGCUCUGAGAGAUAGGAAGAGGCGUGAAGAAGAGGCGGCCGCGAGACGAGCUACCGAGGCGGCUCAAGCGAAGAUCGAGGUGGUUCCAGCGCAAACCGAGGCCAUCCCUCAACCCGAACCGCCGAGCCGGGAAGGAGACGAAAUGGUCCGAGCCGCAGAAGGCAACACUGUCGAGGCGGUCGAGAGAGAUGCAGCGCCCGAGGUGGAACCGGGCGAAAUUAUUCCCGAGGUGUCCGGGGAUGAUUCGGCGGUGCGGAGCAAAACUCCUUCGACUCCGCCAUUUUAG